GCAUCCCGCAACUCUUCCGCUCUCCAUCCAAACGUGCCCAUCAUGUCUCUUACACCACACGCAUUUCCUCACAUCUUCGAGGCCAUCUUCGCGCACGCUUCCCGCGAGGGCCUCAUCAGCCUACGCGCAGUCUCUACCGAGUUUCGCGACCGCGCCGAUGCCCUGCUCUUCAAGCACGUGCAAGUAUUUUGUGGCGCCCACGGAACGCAGCUGGAUGCCAUCAGCGGCGGGCGCCUCCCCAUGCUUCCUAUCCCCGAUGCCCCAUCUCCCGAGAGACCAGCUGCACUCGCACGCCUCGCCGAGCGGCUGUACAACAUACGGGCUGUAGAUCAGUACACAGAGCUUCCCGACGUCCCCUUUCGCCUCGACGUCCUCCGGCAGUGCACUUCGUAUACCACCCGCACGCCCAAGACCACCGCCCACACCCAUGUUUCCACCGAACUCGACAUCGCCUACCCCUGCUAUAUCAAUUCGGCGCUGCACGCGCUCACCCGCCCCCUGGGUGUGAAACGGAGCGUGAUGACACUCAGAUGGAUAGUGGAAGUGCCCCUUGUCCUCCCGACGCCCGAGGUCCGCGAAGUCGUGUACGUCCUCAAGCCUCCCAUCGAGCCCGAGUACGACACCCCCGUCGCUCUUACAUGUGUGAGACACUUGGAGGCCGUCCCAUCGCUGCAAAAGUACGUCACCGUCGUCGGGUGGGCCUCGCUCCUUGUCCGCCACGUCGGCAUGCCCCUGCCUACCGUAAACAGCAAGAUUAGCGACGUACCGGACAGCUGGCUUACCCAGCAUGUGCAGUACGAAGGCGCGUGGUGGCGUUUGGGCCAGUGGCUGGAGUUUUACAUGACGCAGUGGGGCCACAUGUGGUCUCCUCACGGCAAGGUCCGCUUCCUCACCCACGCCGAGUGGGCCGCCGAGGCGGGCGAGUAUAUCAAUGCGCCCUAGUGUUCGACAACGAGGCUUUGCUCGUCGGUAAAUCGUGGCACUCCGAUGCAAGUAUGUGCUGUGCUGCCUGAGCGUGAAUAACCUUUGUGUUUACUAGCUCUUCAAUUGACGGCACCAUGCUCACGUCAUUCCUCAAGACACUCCAAGCAUUAAUUGAUACACAACCGCCCGCAACCAGCCACAAUUCCGUCAACUUUGCGCAUCAACGGUACCACAACCUCUGUAACACUAAUGCAGUCUUCAACUCUCCGAAGAGUGCGACACAACAACGCAGAGGGCGCGCGAAUAGACGCCCCCCGAAGCGGACCCGGAGCUCGUGUCCCAUCGGCCGCUUAGCUCAGUUGGUUAGAGCAUUGUACUAAUACGACGAGCGUAUUAGCUAGACAUGCAAG